UUAAAAAAGAAACCAAGAACCAAAAAAAAAAAGGCGUCAUGGCUUCGCGACUCCCCUUCUCUCCUGUCUCUCCCGUCCACUGUCGCGGUCGGAAGCUUGUGCAGAGUUUUAGGUGCUCCGCGGAGAAGCAGACCCAGUCCCGCGAUGCCAGAAAGGUCGGCGCCCUCUCCUCCUCGGCUUGGAGCUCUUCGAAUCCAAUUCCGUCGGAUAGGCUUGUGUUGGAAAUCAAAGAAAAACUUGAAAGAGAGCAUCCCAAUCUUCCAGCAGGAAAAAAUGGGAGAGACGAUGAAGACAUGAUCCUUUGGUUUUUGAAGGACAGAAAGUUUUCUGUGGAAGAUGCUGUUUCAAAAUUAACAAAAGCUAUUAAAUGGCGUCAAGACUUUGGUGUGUCAGGAUUGUCAGAAGAGUCUGUGAAGAGCUUAUAUGGAACAGGCAAAGCUUAUGUGCAUGACUUCCUAGACAUCAGUGGGAGACCUGUACUUGUGGUAGUGGCAUCCAAGCAUUUUCCAGCGAAGCAAGAUCCUGGUGAAAAUAAGAAGCUUUGUGUAUUCUUGAUAGAGAAGGCAUUGAGUAAACUUCCUUCUGGAACAGAAGAAAUGCUUGUAAUAAUUGAUCUGCGAGGCUUCGAUAUGGAGAAUGCAGAUGUUCAGUUCUUAAAGUACUUGAUUGACGUGUUCUACUAUUACUACCCAAAGCGGCUUGGCCAAGUCCUCUUUGUGGAUGCUCCUUUUGUGUUUCAGCCGCUCUGGCAACUUGUUAAACCAUUACUGAAAUCAUAUGCGUCACUGGUGAGAUUCUGCAGCACGGAGACUGUUAGGAAGGAAUACUUCACAGAAGAGACGGUGCCAGCAGAUUUUCAGUGAUUGAAUCUCUAUUAUUAAUCUAUGACUGUAUGUAUUGUCAGGACAUUGCAUCAAUUUGUGCAAGUCAGUGUGGUGUUACAGGUUAAGCACGGACAAAUAUUGUUGUACGGACAAUAGAAAUCAUGCACGCUGUUGGUUUGACUUAAUAACUGGAUGUUAGAAGGCGAGAAGUUGGGUGUCAUUUUCUUGGGAUUUUACACAUGAUAUCGCAUUGAUUUAGAAAUAACAGUUACAGCAGCAAUGUGCCCAGCGAUGUUCAAAUUCCAGCCAAUGGAACUUUUAAUAUACUUGCUGGAUGUUUUCUUUGAUUUA